AAAGACGAGUUGCUUGACGCUUUAUCGUCCCGGAAGUGAAAGGUCAGAACCGGAAGAAGGUCUCUACGGCAUUCAUGAUGGCGGUCCCCUUAUGUCGGUGUUAUCAGAUGUGUUUAAGAAAAGGCUUGGUGACUUCUCCCUCUUGCCUGCCGUUUUCAAACAGACUUCAUGUUUACAGGAUACAUGAGCUCCUCAGAUGUUCUCCACAGUCUCCCCUUCUUCAGGUUAGGUAUUUGUCCGGGGAGAGAGGCGGUGGCAGGAAGGGGUUUCUUGGGGAUUUUUUGGAUAACUUGAAGCAGGAACUAAACAAGAACAAAGAAAUGAAAGAAAACAUCAAGAAGUUUCGGGAAGAGGCCAAAAAACUUGAAGAGUCGGAUGCACUGCAACAAGCUCGGAGGAAAUAUAAAAAUAUAGAAUCCGAAACAGUGAAGACAUCUGAGGUUCUGAAGAAGACAUUUGGAAACAUUUCUGAGACAGUUAAAGAGGGGCUGGAGGAGGUCAGUCGGACAGACAUUGGUAAGAAAAUCAAAGAAGGAAUGGAGGAAGCUGCAAAAACAGCUAAAACCUCUGCAGAGUCGGUCUCUAAGAGUGGGGAGAAGCUGGGGAAGUCUGGUGCAUUCAAAGCAAUAUCUCAGGGCAUGGAGAGUGUGAAGAAAGAGAUCGGUGACCUUGGCCACACUGGCCCUUACAGACCUCCAGUCAGGCUACGAAAGAGGACCGAGUUCUCCUCCAGGGGAGCAGGGGAUGAUAAAGUCUUCGAAGCCAACGAGGAAGCUAUGGGAAUGGUGCUGCAUAAGAACUCCAAAUGGUACCAACAGUGGAAAGACUUCAAGGACAACAAUGUGGUCUUUAACAGGUUUUUUGAGAUGAAGAUGAAGUAUGAUGAGAGUGACAACAUCUUCAUCAGAGCAUCACGAGCUGUCGCUGACAAGAUGACCAACGUUAUCGGAGGGUUAUUUUCAAAGACAGAAAUGUCGGAGGUUAUGACGGAGAUUCUGAAGGUGGAUCCUUCUUUUGAUAAGGACUCCUUCCUAAAACAGUGCGAACGCGACAUCAUCCCAAACAUACUGGAGGCGAUGAUCCAAGGGGAGCUGGAGGUUCUGAAGGACUGGUGUUUUGAAGCGACCUACAGCCAACUUGCACAUCCAAUUCAGCAGGCCAAGGCCAUGGGGCUUCAGUUCCACUCCAAGAUCCUGGACAUAGACAGCAUCGAUCUGGCCAUGGGUAAGAUGAUGGAGCAGGGGCCAGUGCUGAUUAUAACAUUCCAGGCUCAGAUGGUCAUGGUGAUUCGAAACGCAAAGGGAGAGGUGGUGGAGGGAGAUCCUGAAAAGGUGCUCAGGAUGAUGUAUGUGUGGGCUCUUUGCCGAGACCAGGAAGAGCUGAACCCGAAUGCUGCCUGGAGACUACUGGACAUCUCCGCCUCAAGCACCGAGCAGAUCCUCUAAGCCAAAAAAUACUUCUCCAGGGAGAGAACAGGCUGUUCCUGAUCUGGUCCUGGAUGAGAGGGCGGGAGAGAGACGUGUAGAGAUCAGCAACAUGGUGCCUAGGCUCGUUCCUUUACACUCUGGAGUAGUGUUGCUAAACACAAUAGGUGCCUCUCUCUUGUCUUUUUAACUACAGCAUCUCAGAGUUCAAGUUCUUUUCUUCUUUUUUACCUUUGAAUGCCUGAGUUGUUUGUGCCCAUUCUUCUGACUCACACUAGAGGGCAGCAGAGCACCAAAGUACUUUCUAGAAGCAACACUUCUGUUUCUGACUUUCAGAGGUUAAAUGAAAACGAUUCAUUAAGAUCCACCCAUUUAAAUGAUGGCUUUGAUUUGAUUACAUGGAAUUCCAGGAAGCGGUUCGUAACCCGUUUCAGCACGACCUCUUCCUCUGUAACCGAGUCGUUAAAGUGUCUCUCCUCCCCAGAUUAGUUAUUUUAUUGGCCAGAGGUAUCGGUGCCAAUCACAGCGCUCCCAUCAGGAACUGUUACUCUUGUUUGUAAAGUUAUCAUUCAGUGUAACUGUUAAGCUGUCAGCAGAGCUGUAUUUAUUAUGAGAAAUAAAGAUUAACUUAAUUUUC